GAUCGAAACACUCGCGUCCGGUCUCUCCUCUCUCCGUCUCUGCUACAAUUCCCGCGACGAAUAAAAAACUCGCCGAAGCUGAAGAGGAGAAAGAGAGAGAGAGAGGCUCGAUUUCAAGAGAAUCUGUUUCGUCUUCUGCGAUUCAACCAUAAUGGAAGUUUCGGUGAGACUGACAGAAUUAGGGUUUUCGUUUGAAAUUUGAUUUCUCAAUCUACUACCUUAUCAAGAAGUCUUAGAUCUGGCGUUGGACAGCUAUCUCGAUUCCUGCCACCAGCCGGUGGGCCCGCCCUCCAUGGCGCCGUCCCGGGCCGGCGGUGACCCGUCACAGUCUUCUUCCGCCUCUGGCAUCUUCUUCCAAGGAGAUGGGCAGACCUCCCAAUUGAACUCGGCCAGCUCGAUUUCUGGAGCCCCGCGGUCGGGCCUGGGUCCGGUUUCCGGCCACAUGAACCGGGCCGUGCACAGCGCUGCCAACUCCGGGCCCAGUGUCGGUGCGAGCUCGCUGGUCACGGAUGCCAAUUCCGGGCUCUCUGGUGGGCCCCACCUGCAGAGAAGCGCCAGCAUCAACACGGAGUCCUACCUCCGGCUGCCGGCGUCGCCCAUGUCAUUUUCGUCGAAUAAUAACAUAAGCAUAUCAGGAUCUUCGGUCGUGGAUGGUUCCUCUGUAGUGCAGCAGCAGCAACAGGGCUCCCAUCAAGACCAGAACUCUCAUCAAAUGCAGCGCCAGCAGGGGGCGGCCUCUACUGCGACAUCACACCCGACUUCACAGACGGGUCAGAUCUUGGGCACUGGCCCAUCUGAUCCGAAUAAUCUACUACGGAUGCAGAAGAAACCCAGAUUAGACAUUCGACAGGAAGAUAUUCUGCACCAGCAGGUUAUUCAGCAGCUCCUGCAAAGGCAGGACUCUCUUCAAUCACAAGGGCAUAAUCCCCAGCUCCAUGCCUUAAUUCAGCAGCAGAGACUCUUGCAGCAGCGGCACCAGCAGCAGCAGAUAUUGCAGAUGAUGCCGCAGAUGCAGCAGGCACACAUUCAGCAGCAGCAGCAGCAGCAGCAGAUAUUGCAGUCUAUGCCGCAAUUGAAGCAACAAUUGCAGCCGCACUGUGAGCAGCCAACAUCCGGUAUGAAGCAUUCGUAUUAUAAUGGCAUAUGUGCUCGUCGGCUUAUGCAAUACAUAUAUCAUCAUCGUCAGCGCCCAUCUGACAACAAUAUUCUCUACUGGAGGAAAUUCGUGGCAGAGUAUUUUGCUCCCCGGGCUAAGAAAAGGUGGUGUUUGUCGUUGUAUGAUAAUGUCGGACAUCAUGCCCUUGGUGUUUUUCCUCAAGCAGCUGUGGAUGUGUGGCAGUGUGCUAUCUGUGGUUCUAAGUCAGGGAGGGGAUUUGAGACUACUUUUGAAGUCCUACCCAGGCUAAGUAAAAUUAAAUUUGAUAGUGGGGUUAUCGAUGAGCUUUUGUUUGUCGACAUGCCCAAUGAACGGAGGUUACCAUCAGGAUUGAUGUUUUUGGAGUAUCAAAAAGCUAUUCAGGAGAGCAUUUAUGAACAGCUUCGUGUUGUUCGUGAAGGUCAACUUCGGAUCAUAUUCACCCCUGACUUGAAGAUAUUGUCUUGGGAAUUUUGUGCAAGACGCCAUGAAGAACUUUUGCCUCGUAGAUUGGUUGCACCUCAGGUGAAUCAAUUGGUGCAGGUUGCACAGAAAUACCAAAGUGCUGUUUCUGAAAGUGGAUCCGCUGGAGUUUCUCCUCAGGAUUUACAAACAAAUUGCAACAUGUUUGUAACAGCUGGUCGUCAACUGGCAAGGAAUUUGGAUUUACAAUCCUUGAAUGACUUGGGAUUUUCCAAAAGAUAUGUCCGGUGCUUGCAGAUAUCUGAGGUUGUUAGUAGCAUGAAAGACUUGAUAGAUUUCAGCCGGGAGCACAACAUCGGACCCAUUGAGUGUCUGAAGAACUAUCCUCGACAGGCUGCUGCUGCAGCAAAGCUUCCACCACCGAAAAUGCAGGACAUGGAGCAACUGGUGAAUUUUCAAGGCCUGCCAACUGAUCAAAACACCCUGAAUAAAUUAAUGACAGCACAUCCUGGUCUAAGCAACCAUAUGAGCAAUAACCACAUGGGCAUCAGAGCACCAAAUAAUUCAGCACAGCCAGCAAUGGGCAAUUACCAGAAUUUGCUCAGACAAAAUUCUGGGAACUCAAACCUUAAUUCUUUUCAACAGGAUGCAUCGUCCCCCAUGAAUGGUUCAAACCAGGCACAGCCUCUGCCAUUCCAAGGGCCUGUUUCUUCCAUUCCUGGAUCUAUGCAGAUUGCAUCUGUUAAUGGCAUAUUGAGCCCGCAUCAGCAGCAGCACUCGCUCCAACCAAAUCAACAGUCCCCUCAUGGAAAUCAACAUUUACAACAGCAUGCGAUUCAACAACUGCUGCAGGAGAUGAUGAGUACUAACGGAGUGGUACAGCAGCCUCUCAGCGGACAGAAUGCAAAUGUGAAUGCGGGUGAGGACAUGCCUGUGAGGGCAGGUGCAGGUAUGGUAGGAUUCGGAAACAACAAUGCCGACAUGCCAAAUAAUGCUACAGGUAUGAUCCCAAUCAGGACAAAUAGCUUGAAGACUUCUUCAAACAACUUCACUGCAGUUAGUGGCAGUGCUUUUAAAUUAAAGCCUGACGUCCCGCAUAACCUUCAACUGGCGGACCUGGUCCAGGAUAUUCAGCAUGAAUUUGCAGAAAAUGGGGUGUUCAGCAGUGAAGCCGGUGAUGCGGGUUAUGAUUGGAAGUCAUGAUGUUGUUAGUGGUUGCUGACCAUUCAUGUUCGUUCUUGUGUUGUGCCGUGUGAACAUGGUAUUUGUACAUAAGCUUUGAAAGUUUGUGGAUGUGGUUGCCUUUAUUAUGUUAGUACUCAAUAUAUUGGGGUUGGCAGUUUUGAGGUUUGCCAUUUCUAACUGUAUUUUACUACACAGUUGAACAGUUUCAGCAAUAUUUAUUUCGGUCUCA